AUGGCAGGGCGCGUCUUCGGUGGUGAAGCCGGAACCUGUCGAUCAAGGAUACGCUGUAAGCAGUCAAAUCUCGCUUAUACGCGUAAUUCGCGUAUUGAAUGCUCGUUUUGCCUUCAGCAUGCCUUCAGGGUGAAGCCAGAGCCUGGUCUUGAUGCCCCUGUAGCACACAUCGGGUUGCCUUCAGAUGGCUCGUUCCUUCUACCAAAGCCGGACGAGGAUGCCCCCCAAAUCCCUCAUGCCGAGCCUCAGCGUCCAUUGUACCGUGUGUAUAACUCGGCAGAUGAUAUCAACUAUCUUCCCGAAGACGCAUUGAACGAGGGCCUGAGCAUGGUGAAAACUAUCAAGGCAAAUAUCAAGAAGCUCGAACUGGGUAGUAAACUACGCAAAGAUGUCUGGCUCCGCGAGAUUGAGAACCUCCAGAGUCAAGGCGCACCGACAACCUUGAUCGCUGUCUGUGGAGCCACAGGAGCCGGAAAGUCAUCGAUCCUGAACGCCAUUCUUGACGAUAACAUUGUACCUACCAGCGGAAUGCGAGCUUGCACCGCCGUCGUGACUGAGAUUGGCUAUCAUGCCAAGAAGACAGUUGAUGCCGACGUGUCUUUCCUGUCAGAGCAAGAAUGGAGGGAAGAACUUGCUGUCCUUCUUGAUGACUUGACUGACGAAGACGGCAACAUCAAGAGGACGACUGAUCUCCGUGGCGACGCAGGUGUAGCCUGGCAAAAGGUCCACGCCGUCUAUCCGUCGAUUACCCAAGACAUGCUCGUUAAACUGUCUGUUGACCAACUUAUUCAACGUGAUCCAAGUAUAAAGACGAUCCUCGGUACCACGAAGCAUAUUUGUGCCAACGACUCUAAGUCGUUUGCCAAGGAAAUUGCGAAAUACAUUGACUCUAAAGAUCAAAAGCGCGGAGACAAGAAAGACAAGAAGGAGAAAGAGAAAGCGAAGGAACUCAGCAUGAUGGACAAGCUCAUGAAGAACCUUGGCAAGGAUAGUGUCGCAGAUGCAAACGCAGCGCGUAACAACAUCGCGAAAGACUACAUGAAGAAGUGCAAUUGCAUCUGGAUCUUGGCACCGAUCACCCGUGCUGUUGACGACAAGACUGCUCGAGAUCUGUUGGGAGAUGCGUUCAAGAUGCAAUUGAUGAACGGCGUGUAUGAUGAUCAUGCCAUCACAUUCAUCGCCUCUAAGUGUGAUGACAUCUCCUGCUCGGAGGUUGUACGCGCUCUGAACCUCGAGGAUGAUCCAGAGCUCGAAGAGAUUGAAGAACAGAUCCAACAGUGCAAGGAGGAGAACGAUGCAUGGAAAGAGAAGAAAUCUGACGCCGAGAAAGCCGCUAAAGAGCUUGAUUCGAGGCUGAAAGAGAUCCGGGGGUACCUCGCAGAAUACGAGGCUCAUCUCCAAGCUCUGCGAAAUGGGGAGCCCUUCGAGCCGCUAUUGACGAAGACUAAGACCAAGGGCGAGAAACCCGAGACAACGAACAGUAGAAAACGCAAGAAUACUCGUGGUGGGAAGAAGAGCACCAAGAGGAGACGCAGCGACAAUACCGAUUCUAUGUCAAUCGACGACGACUUCAUCGACGAUGACGAUCUGGACUUUUCUGACGAUAGCGACAAAGACUCAGGAAACGACAGCGGCUCUGAUCCCGAUUCCGACGAUUCUAAGUCAGGAUCUGACUCGGAUGACGAUGGGAACGGUGGCGAGAACGAAGGCGAAGAGGAAAUCACUGUAGAGAGCUUGGAGGCCAAGAUCACCGAGGCUAAGGACGCGAUUAAGGCUGGGCGUGUCCAGCUGUCAGAAUUCCGCAAACAGCGGAAGGAGGCUAGCGACACACUCGCCACGUUGAAGAAGAAGCAGCUCAAAGCUCAGAGAGAGAAGAAUGCGUUUUGCUCACUUAAGCGUUCCGAGUUCUCUCGUGACGUUCUCAAAGAAGACUUCCGUCAAGGGUUGAAAGAUCUCGAUGAUGCCGCCGCCGAAGAACGCGACCCUAACAGCUUCGACCCUACGAAGAACCUUCGAGACUACGAGGCAAUUGAUCUGCCCGUAUUCACAUGCUCCUCGAGAGACUAUGUCAGACUGAAAGGUCAAGUUAAGGGCGACGGUGACCCAACAUGCUUCUCCAAGGUCGAAGACACUGGGAUACCUGAUCUGCAGAAGUGGUGCCACCGACUCACUGUCUCUUCGCGCGAGCGCGCCGCACGCAACUUCCUCGUUCAUCUGAAAACCUUCGCGAACUCCAUACGCAUGUAUGUUCAGGGCGUUGGCGACGUGACCCGGGGCGACCGGGAAGCGUUGCGAGAGAAGUGGGAGUCUUCUAUCACCCAGGACAACGAGGACGACGUGGACGCACUGUUGUACAACGGGUGGGACAGCUCUGAUGAUUUCGACGACUCUGUGUUGGGAGCCUUGGCCCGGGGAGGUCUCUAUUCCAUAAAUCUCAACCGGGCUCCGCCGAAGGUCGACAGACAUGGAGAGCAAGUUGGUGUAACGCCCCGACUGGUCAGAGACUUCAAGAAGGUAAUUGACAAGUCUGUGGGCAAUCUCAAGGAGAACUUCCGAGAGGGAUUGGAAGAGAAAUGCAAGACUGGUGCCGUCAAUGCUGCAUCCGCCGCUGUCCAGACUUCGGAUACCUUUGCCGCCUCAAUGCAUUGGGCAUCAUACCGCGCCACUCUUCGCCGGCACGGCUCCUGGCGUCAGGAUCUGAACGUGGAGCUUACGAACCCAUUCACGCGGCAAAUCGCUAGUUCCUGGUCGAAAGUCUUCGAAGCCGAUCUCUUUGCAUCCUUUGAAAAGGCAACCGUUGAAGCUGUGGACAAGCUUCUCACCGACAUCGAGGCCUCCGCAGCCCUCGGUCUGAAGGAGCGCGCAAAGGGCCAGGGCGAGCUAUGCCUCGAGGAGGCCCGCAUCGCUCUGCGGAAGACGCUCGAUGUCGUGCGGGACACGAUGAACACGGAGCAGAAGGAGAUCAGCCGCUGCUUCGCACCCCACGUGCAGAACCAGCUCAUCGAGGGCUACGACAGCGCCAUGAUGGAGAGGGGCGCCGGCAGCGUCGCACGCCAGAAGGCGCUGUUCCACAAUUACGUCGACGACAUCAAGGAAGAGGUGUUCAAUGACGGCGCGGAGGUCCUCCUGGGCCGGCUGUCGACCGCCGCGGAGGCGGUCGGGAAGGCGCUGGAGGAUUCGCUGGAGGAGCUUGCUGAGAAGAUCGAAGUCAGCAUCGCUGUCCUUUGGGAGGGCCCGCGCGACGACCCCUCGCAGGUCAAGGCGCGGGAGAUGGUGGUCGCGACGAUCACAGAGAUCCUGAGCCAGGUCGAGUUCUGGCAGCAGUCCGAACAGCACAAGAGGACGGCAGCCGCGACGUCUGCUUGA